AUGGAAUUACAUCUCAAUUAUCUGCACCGGGAACACACAACAAAAUGGUGUGCAGAAAGAAGAAAUAGGACUCUUAUGGGAAUGGUUAGAUCAAUGUUAAGUUAUUCCGAUUUGUCUCUUUCCUUUUGGGGAUAUGCUUUAGAAAUAGCAAACUACAUUCUAAAUUUGGUUCCUUCAAAGUCAGUACCUUCAACUCCAAUGAAUUGUGGACUGGGCGAAAGCCAAGUUUACGGCACAUUCGGGUUUGGGGUUGUCCAGCACAUGUGGCUGAAAGGGAAAGCGGAUAAAUUGGAAUCAAGGACAGAAGUAUCCAUUUUCAUUGGAUAUCCAAAAGGAACAAAAGGCGGUUUGUUUUAUUGUCCCAAAGAAAAGAAGGUAAUUGUUACGACAAAUGCCAGAUUUUUAGAGGAGGACUAUCUAACGAACCAUAUUCCUAGAAGUAAACUAGUUUUACAGGAAUUAAAUAAUGGAAUAACUAACGACUCAACUCUUGAACGUAUCCCGGAAGCCAGCAUUGACAUACCACUGCAUUAUCGUAGUGGGAGAAAUGUCAAUAGGCAUCAGAUUGUACAAAAACAAUUGCCUGACAUCUCACUACCCCAAAGUAGUGGAAAUAAUGUUGAGCAACCUCAGAUUGUUGAGCAACCUCACGUUGUUGAACAACCUAAAAUUGUUAUGCAACCUGAAGAAUCCAAAAGCCUCUCUCGCCGCGGUCCUGGCGUAACCGCGGUAGGACCGCGGCAGAACAAUGCCCCUGAUUCUGCAGGGCCUUCUGACCGCGGUCCUGGCGUAACCGCGGUAGGACCGCGGCAGAACAGUGCCACUGAUUCUGAGAGGCAAUCUGGGAGGGAUCCUGCACUCCACGAAGAAGUCAAUGAUAUCCUAGCACCACUGCUGUGGGGAAAAUAA